CGGGGCCAGGAACCCGCUGUGUGGACAUGGGCCCGCAAUAAAGCGGGCCGCUCCCGUAACAUCAUGCCCUUGAGAGCUCUGCUUCUGAUAGCGCUCUUGCUACCGGGCUGUGCCCCAUCCCCUUCCGAGGGCCAGAUGGACCAAGGCCAGCAACAGGGACUGCUUGACGCGUUGCAGAAGCUCCGGCUGCUCAACCUCGCAAAAGGACAGCAUCACAACCGAAGGGACACUCACGAACAAGCUCAACAGCAGCAGUCGCAACAGGUUAUUGUGGACAUCGCGAACGCGAGCCAGAGCGCUGCCGUAUUUCCGGACUUGGACUCGCUGUUAAGAAACCGCCUCAAGCGUGACCAAUCUCUCAUGGUCCAGAUCAAUGUAUUCAACAGCGCCGGGAAAGGAUGCUGGCACAGGAGGAAGGCAUCGACACCCGCAGUUCCCUUGGGACCGGUAGUGAGCACUGUAGUUUCUGCAGUUCCACCUAAAGCUCCAGCGCCUUCGAGUUUACAGUCAGCAAGGACCCCUGCUCCGCAACUAGGCACUGCAUCGUCAACAGCGUAUGCAGGUUUGGUAACAGAUUAUGUGCCUUUCAUUAAGCCACAGGCGCCAUCUGUAGGAUAUCCAAUGGGGUGGGUGUCUCCUGGUGAAGUGAUUGGCGCCAACGCAACUGCGAGCACAGAUGCAGAAACCACACUCGCCCGCGCUCUCGAAACGGAAUCAGUUUCUCUGCGAGCAGAGGGCGAAAAAGACGUUAUUCAAAACUAUACCGCGACGCCCUCGGAGUUCGCCUCACCGUCGCAGUAUUCAGAAGGCAAUGUCACAUGGGACGACUUGCUCUUCACAGGUACGAAUGGAACGAGCUCGAAUGCUACGUCAACAGAUACCGCGUGGAAGCCGGUCAGUCCUGUGCCUUUCUUCCCCAAACAGAAUUUUGAUGACUAUCAUUCCAAAAACGAUUCUAAACGGCCUUUCGCUCCCUUCGGCCUGCUACCUCCAGUGCUGAAAGUUACGAUUCCGCUGCUGAUACCACCUGACGAAGCCCCAGAUGACACUAGCCAACCAAAGGCAGAAGUAGGCAUGGACUUUCCGAAACAGCCAGAUACCUAUGAUCUGAACGACGCAUCUCGUUGCUUGCAGUUACUCAAACUAGGACUAAAGUGCGACUACAGUACAGAAGUACACAGGGCUAAAGCCUCUGGAGCACCGGAAUCCCCUAUAAAUGUUCUCAGCGGGAAUAUUGUGGCAGCCGUGGAACCCAGGAACGUUGGCCGAAAAAACAGUGGCACCGUCGAGCGCUGCGUCUGCGGCGAUUCAGAUCUCGAACAAAAUAACGAAGGGUUCAAGCUUGGCGGAACACAGGAGUUUCUACUCAAGCCCCGAGCGGAAGCUCUGGAGCGUUUGCGGCCACAGCUUCAGCAAAGGCCACCGCUUAAGGUAUUCGGGAGCCUCCGCUACCCUCCUCCCACCGAUAUUGUUUACGAAUACGCCACUACAUACGUGUACGAAGACUACUUUCCCACGGCGCUCUACGAUGGCCAGCCACAGCCGCAGAAAGCACCCGCGCCACAGAAACUGGUCCAGGCGCCGUCGUAUCAGCAGCCACAGCCAGUGCUUCAGAGGAGCCUAGGCUCGUUGGCGCGUCCAGAAGCCGCAAGGUACGAGCCACGCGCAGUUACAAACCACCCUCCGGCACCCUUUGCACUUGAGCACAAGGCGCGGCGUCUCAAGGCAAGAAAUGGAGCGCGAAUUACUUCGGGCCCUCGGAAACGGUUUGCUCGGGACCUGCGGGCCGUACAGGAAACGGUGAUGUGGUGCCCGUGCAGCAGCACUCGAAAGCCACCCUGCACGAAGACGCGAAAGAAGUGCGCCAAGAAGAAGCAUCCGUGCACCAAGAAAGCGAAGGGCAAGAAACCCUGUCGCAAGAAGAUUCAAGAACCAAACAUGUUAACCUACCCUGUGACAUUUUGA